CCAAACGAUUUUAAUUAAUGAUACGAUUUCGUUUUGAUUAAUCCUCGUAUUUUCAAAAUGGCGAUCAACUUGGAAGUUAGACCUGGAUGUUAAUUUAUUUUGUUUUGGUAUAUUUACGCAAUUUUUCUUUAGAAUUUAGAUAAUAUGAGUUCCAGAAGAUGGUUUUGGCCUACAAUUAGCGGCAUUGAUGCUGAAAAGUUGUUGAUGGAAAGAGGGGUGGAUUGUAGUUUCCUAGCCCGACCUAGUUCUUCAAAUCCCGGCGAUUUUACGCUGUCUGUUAGGCGCAAUGGCGAGGUCACUCAUAUUAAAAUUCAAAACUCCGGCGAUUUCUAUGAUUUGUAUGGCGGCGAAAAAUUUGCUACUUUAUCGGAACUGGUCCAAUAUUAUAUGGAGAAACAGGGGCAGUUAAAGGAAAAAAAUGGAGAGAUUAUAGAACUGAAAUAUCCGCUGAAUUGUGCAGAUCCUACAACAGAAAGGUGGUUUCACGGACAUUUGUCUGGCAAAGAGGCCGAAAAGCUUAUUUUAGAUAGAGGUAAAAAUGGUAGUUUUUUAGUCAGAGAAAGUCAGUCAAAACCAGGAGAUUUCGUUCUUUCUGUACGCACAGAUGAUAAAGUGACGCACGUUAUGAUUCGAUGUACACCGGACAAUAGAUAUGAUGUCGGCGGUGGUGAACAAUUCAAUAGUUUAGCAGAUUUAAUAGAACAUUAUAAGAGAAAUCCUAUGGUCGAGACUUCUGGUACAGUAGUCCAUCUUAAACAACCUUUUAACGCUACCAGGAUAAAUGCAUCAGGGAUUCAUUCUAGGGUUAAACAGUUACAGAGCGAAAAUGGCCCAAACAGUUUUGGAAAGGCUGGAUUUUGGGAGGAAUUCGAGUCGUUACAGCAACAAGAAUUCAAACAUUUAUACCACAGAAAGGAGGGAAUAAAGCCUGAAAAUAGAAAUAAGAAUAGAUACAAAAAUAUAUUACCCUUUGAUGAUACUCGGGUGAAACUCAAAGACGUCGACCCAAAAGUGCCCGGCAGCGACUACAUCAACGCGAAUUACAUUCGGUGGUCGGACGAAGGUGUCGGUUGCGAGCAAUUGGGUAACGAUCCGAGCGGAAAAGUGUACAUUGCGACGCAAGGGUGUCUACCUUCGACGAUCGCCGAUUUUUGGCAAAUGGUAUGGCAGGAAAAUUGCCGAGUGAUUGUAAUGACAACCAAAGAAACGGAAAGGGGGAAGAACAAAUGCGCCAGAUAUUGGCCAGAAGUAAGCACUAUGAAAGAGUAUGGGAAAUCUAAGGUUCGUAAUCUAAUGGAAUCACACACUCCCCAUUACACGUUAAGAGAAUUUUUAGUUACUAUGGAAGGAUCAAGUGCUGAAAGGAAGGUUUACCAUUAUCAUUUUCAGGCUUGGCCAGAUCAUGGUGUACCCUCAGAUCCAGGCUGUGUUUUGAAUUUCCUGCAUGAAGUGAAUAAGCGACAGGACGCCUUGCAAUUAGAAUCCCCUCACCAACCCCCUGGUGCUAUUUUGGUACAUUGUUCUGCUGGCAUAGGUAGAACAGGCACCUUUAUAGUCAUCGACAUGAUUUUAGACCAGUUAAAGAAAUAUGGUCUCGAUUGUGAAAUUGACAUUCAACGUACAAUACAAAUGGUUAGAUCUCAACGUUCCGGCAUGGUACAGACUGAAGCACAAUAUAAAUUUGUUUAUUUAGCGGUACAACAUCAUAUAGAAACUACUACUGAAAGAAUGAAGGCUGAACAAAAAUCAAUGCAAUUGGGUAGAGAAUAUACGAAUAUCAGGUACAGCAGCGAUAUAGGAAGCGGCUGUAUGACUCCCACGACGCCAGGAGGUUUCGGAAAUAUUAGUUCUCCUCACAGUAGAUCCAGUUCGGUCAGCAUCACAUUUCCUUCUGGCAGUCCAAAUCCAGUUACUUUGAGGCAAGAAACUAAAAAGCCAGCCAGAGCUCUUUCAGAAAUUUCUUUACCCAGACCUCCAGAUGAUUUGGUGAAACCUACUUUAUACGAGAACAUUCCCGGAAGUUCGCCCGGUUCUGCGUCUUCACCCGCUCCUCCGCCGCCUCCGAGGAAGGCGUCGUGACCAGAAAAUGUUUGGACUAAAUUCCACUUAUACUUAUUAUACCUUCCUGAUGUGCUGUAAAGACCUAAAGUAAAAAAAUUGUUUAAAAUUGUAAAAAUUGGUAACUAUAAUUGUUCUUUAAUUUUAAAUACCCACUUAUGUUUUAUUAAUUUUAAUGUUAAACAGAAUAAGACAACUUUGUGAGAUUUAUAUCCCAAAAUGUGUAUUUAGGAAAUUAAUGCAACAUUAGUGGGUUUUAAAUAGCGCCAACUUAAAAAAAUAUAUUAGGUGCAAAUUAUUUAUUAUAUUUGCACAAAAUUGUUACUAAUGAUUUAUAUAUUUAUUGAGCACUUUACAAAAGAUAGUGUUAAUGGCAAAAUUGGUUAGUCAUUUUAUCAAUUCAAUUGGUUUGACUAGUCGUUUAAAUAUUGGGUUUGAUAAACUAUUCUGAUUUUUUUUUCUUUCAUUGCUCUAUUAAUUUGUCACCAAUAUUCUCUUCUGCAAUAUGCAUUUGUUUGUAUGGGAAAAAAUGCGUGGCUUGGUUCUGAAAGGCUAACUCUACAAGUUUUAAAAAAUGUCAACUUAUCAGGAGGCUCUGCAUGAUUUUCAAAAUAACUCUUAGACUAUUGAAUUUUAAUACUUUUUUCAAAAAUUUGAUUUUUAUUGGAUUUAAUGUAAUUUAAGUAGGGUAGUGGCACCAGUUAUGGACACUUUUAGAGAUAAUUUAAACAUAAUUGCCUGAAAUUUAAUUUUUACAUAUGCAUUUUCGCCACAAAUGGACAGUCGUUUUUUUCAUAAAUCCUAAUUUGGACACUAGUCCAAUCAUUAUAGUAAGUUCACCUCGGAAUUCGAGAUACCCAGCUGUAAGUCUGUAAAUACUUGUAUAUUGACAGCCUAAAAGUUGUCUCAAAACCUACAUAUAGU